AUGUGUACCGAGCAAGAAGUCCGUGUGCAAUUGUUGUUGGCUUUCUUUUUCAUAGCUGCACUUUCUUACCAAGACGUUGAAGGUAUAAAAGAGAAUAUUCAUCUCUGUAUUUUGUUUUUACACUUAUUUUUAUUUUUUUUACUUUUUUGUAUUUCCCAGCGCUGAGUAUCAAAAUUGGAAUAUGCAAUGUCACCAUUACUACUCCUGGUCUGUUUGCGUGUGAAAAGGUUUCCUUUGAGAAUCCUUUCAAUGGCGGGCAGGAUGUGAAAGUUUUCGUUUCCAAAAGACACGCCACAGACAGUCAUAGUGGUGGAGCUGGCGCGGCUAUUUGGGUGGAAUCUGUGGAUAAUAAAGAAUUCACAGUUUGUGUUUUGGAGUACGGUGAUGGUUCUAGUGGGACUACGAAAGUGAACUGGAUGGCGCUGCAAUCUGUUCCCGUUGGCGCUCAACUAGACACCGUCUCGUUGGAUUCUUGGACCACUGGAGAAAAGUAUAAAAGGAUCGCCUUUGAAAAGGUUAUCUCUGUUUCACCUUGCGUUUUGUUCAUUUAAAUUUGAUAAAUCUGACUGAUUUAGGUAUUUCUGUCUGCUCAAACGUAGACACAAGAUUUCACUACCUUAUUUUUUUGAGCUUUGCUUGACUAAGUGGCUUUAACUUCCUCUUUCUUUAUUAGCUUCUAGGAGGUGCAGACCUUCCAUUUGAAUUCUUCCUUAUAUCUUUUAGUCAUGCGAUAUAACAUUGCUGCAUUAUAUAAUACGAUUCUUUAUUCGGUUUCCAAGAACUUACAUAUAUUGAAACCUCUAUUUUUUUGCAUCAAAGUUAUGUUGCAAUCUGUCCUCCACUUUUCUUUCAUUUUAAUCUUUUUUAUUUAAAUUUCUACAUCUUUAAAAAGGUUUAACAAUCUUCAUAUUUUUUUGCUAAUGUUUUCUUUAAAACAUUUAGUGUGAAAGUCUUUGUUUCGAUUCCUUUUGUUUCUACGUUGCCAAGUUCAUGAUUACCGUUUUAUUUGCAAAUUCUGUGUUUAAUUCGUAAAACUCUCCUUAGUUUUUUAUCUGCAAAAAUUCUAUUCAAUUUGCUUCUUUCAAAUUCAAAAGAUUUUUUCUAUCACACUUCCAUCGUUUUAUAUCAUAUCCUUGUUUGUUUAAAAAAUAAAUGUUGUUGAUUAUAUAUUUCCUUCUCUUUUACUUUUUCAGCGUUUCUCAAUUCCUCCGAGCAUCCAUGUAACAGCUCGUCACCAAAUUCUUAAAAGACCUCAGGACGCCUUGGCGUUGUGGGUAGAGGGUGAACGCAGGGACAGUUUUAAGGUUUGCCUCAGGGAAACUAAGAUUUUUGAUGGGCUGCAUAAAAACAUCAAAGUGGUAAGUGAAUUUCUUUUGUUACCUGUUACAUGUUUGAAAGUAGACACACGACAAGAUGAUAAUUAACCAAACGGUUCCUCCCUUGCUGCAAUUUACAGGGGCUGUGCUCUAGCAGACCCCUGUUGUCCCUGGCGCUGUACCGUGUACCUUUGCUCUUUGCCUACUAGGAAAUCGUAGCUUUUUUCAAAGAUAUCCUAUGUUGGGUACCCUGUGAUUUACACAGGUUCAAAGCAAUGGGCUCCCUUCUCUUAGAAACAACGUUGACUUGAGAAAGAAUAUAUUGAUAACAUUCUUAAUACUUUUUCACUUGUCCUUCAGGACUGGAUAGCAUUUGUUAAGCUGAUGACGCUGAAUUCUACCUUAAUCCACGGCCUUGUAACAACAAAGAAUAACUCACCACUAAACAAGCAACAAAGCAAGGCCCUCUGUCAGGUAAAGUAACUAAUAAACUAUACUGUUUUGGUUUCUCAGUCACUUAUAUUCAUAAACAGAAAAUAUCGUCAACUAUUUAAACAACAUAUUAUCGUCAACUAUUUAGACAACAUAUAUCAUAUACCGCAUAUGUGUAGAAAAACUUAAUAACGCUGAUUCUUUUCUUGUUUUUUUAUAGAUAAUAAAGUUCACUGAUGCUUUCUAUGCCCCUCCGAUAGUAAUGGUUUCACCAAGACUCAGUUACCAUAACAACAACUCCCGUUUCUCGGCUUCUGGAACUUGUAACGCAGUUACUGUGUGGAUUCAGGUAACAUAUGAAACUUGGAGCCAUUUUUCUUAGCCCAUUGCGUCCUUAGGCUGCCUUCUUAUCUCUUCCCUUCGAACUUACUUUUAGCAUUGUCUCUGUUUCAAUUUUUCACGUCGUUUAAGGAGUCCAAAAAAGUUUUUUUUUAUAUCAUAUACCGCAUAUGUGAAGAAAAACUUAAUAACGCUGAUUCUUUUCUUGUUUUUUUUUUCUCUAGAUAAUAAAGUUCACUGAUGCUUUCUAUGCCCCUCCGGUAGUAAUGGUUUCACCAAGACACAGUUACCAUAACAACAACUCGCGUUUCUCGGCUUCCGGAACUUGUAACGCAGUUACUGCAUGGAUUCAGGUAACAUAUAUGAAACUUGGAGCCAUUUUUCGUAGUCUAUUACGUCCUUAGGCUGCUCCGUCCUAACUUACUUUUAGCAUUGUCUCUGUUUCAAAUUUUCAUGUCGUUUAAGGAUUCCAGAAAGGUUUUUUUUUCCCAAUUUUUCCAACCAACCUGUGCACGCCACGGUUUCGAUUUGUAAACGACCUUUGGUAGUGACACAGCAGUUAAGGUAAGAAAAUACCUGAUGAUGCUUAAUGAUUGAUAAUCUGAUACUUCUAAUGAUUGUGUCUAGCAUACCUUUACAAACGAAACCGAGGUGUGUAUGAGAAGAUACAGCAAUAACGCCAAUUAUAAGGACAUCGUACAACUGGAUUACCUGGUGAUUGGAGGUACGUAAACAAUAAUUAUAUCAAAACCUUGGUGAAGGCUGUAUGCUGCAGUGUAUCAAGUACAUUUUAUGACAUGAAUCUUUUGAAGUUGUUUCAUGUAGAGCUUCUCUUCUCUACUUGAUGCUAUUUUUUGUGUUGUCUCUAUUUUGGGGGAUUGUAGAUUUGGUUGACUGAAAGAACAUGUUACUACUAUAAUUUCGUCGCAAUAAAUUUGUGUAUUCAAGAAAAUGAGAUUUUUUUUGAAAACUUUAAGGACUAAAUUUCUUUGGCACACUGGUUCUCCUGAUCACGAAAUUAACCGGCUCAUAUGUGAUGUCAUAAGACAAAAAUCCAGGAACUGAAACACGGGAUCACCGGCAUUCUUAUCCUUUUCUUAGAGUCGCCAGUGUUGUUGCAUAUAACUGCAAUGCACCUUAUUGGCAUCUUAAAGCAGUUUCAGUUUGUAAUUAAACGAAAUUUUUGUAGAGUCUAUACUUGUUUUCUUGCAUCUAAAGUCACGUAUCCCUUAAUUUAUGUUAUAGUUUCUUAAUCUACGUCAGAGCCCCUUUUUUUCUGAAACGGAUCCGAGUGAAGACUUGCACAAAUGGUGUGCCAAAAUGGCGGUAAAUUUGAACGUGUCAAAAAAUUCUCUUUAAUAACAUUGUGUUCAAAGCAAUUUUUUUUUCGCGCACUUUCUCAUAGUAAUGUGCAUUUUCAAUUCUAAAAAAAAAAAAUUUUAAGGUAUGGGCACUUUAAAUCUAAUCUGUUGUUAUUUGCUUAAUUAUCUUCAGACCUGGAUCCCUGCAUAGACGUUACGUGUUAUUAUCACAGCUUCUGUAAGGCGUUUGGACCCCAUGAUGCACGCUGUGUAUGUGUGGAUAGCUGCCCAUCUUACAAAGAACCCGUUUGCUCAUCAAAUGCCACAACAUACGACAACAGAUGUUUGUUUGAAAGAGAAGUUUGUCUACAUCGACUAAACUUUACCUUGCAACAUCCUGGCAGCUGUGAAGGUUAGGACAGUUGUUUUUGAAUCUGUUAAAAAGUGAUAUUUGUUUUUAUUAGAUUUCAGUAUCUUAGCGAAUUUUUGAAUCAGAUAUUUACUUACCCUUGUAAUCUGGAGGGAAAACGGCGAUAGAUGAGUGACUUUAUGGAAGUACAGAAUUUUACGUAAUUUUGCUAAAACGUUUGACAGGGACAAUGCUAAUAAGAAUACUGGUCAGAAAAAGUGGCUGAUACACUUCUGUUUUAAGCAUUUUCAGUCAAUACUCAACGAAAAUAUUUGUUGUUUUUUUUAUAUAUGUAUAACUGAAGCAAAUUUAAAACUGAUUCUUCUCUCUGAGAUUAGUAGUAUAGUAGUAGAAGUAGUAGUAGUAGUAGUAGUAGUAGUAGUAGUAGUAGUAGUAGUAGUAGUAGUAGUAGUAGUAGUAGUAGUAGUAGUAAUAGUAAUAGUAAUAAAUUGCUUUAUUUGCAUGACCGCAUCAUUUUACAGUAUUGCAAAAGCAUGUAUAUGACAAUCAAAAUAUAAAACAAAACAGCGCUAAUAAUAAUCUAGAAAAAUUCGGUUACAUUACUAACAAUGAAUCACGUAUUUUCAUGCAGGAGGAAACAAACUUCAUAACUAACUUAUUUACAUGAUGUUCCUUCGAAUUCAUUAUCAGUUUUAUGCUUUCUGGAGAUGAUUUCUUGUCAAAGUCAGGUAUUAUUCGAUUGAUUUGAUUAAUAAAUGCCUGUCUCUGUACUGAGUAUUUGUUACAUUGAAAGAGGAAAUGAAUCUCAUCUUCUACCUGAUUUGAGUUACAUAAAGGACAUAAUCUAUUUUCUCUUGGCAAAUGAUCGAUUUGGUAUCGACCAUGUUCAAUCAUAAGUUUGUGAUUACUUAUUUUAAAUUUAACAAAAUUCUGUCGUUCGUCAUAAUGUCUUAGCUGGUAGAGAUAAUCAGAUGUAGAAUAUUCAUCUUUAAAAUUUUUAUAAAAUUCUAGUUUUUUUGAAUUUUCGAGGCUGUGCCGCCAAAAAGAUAGAUUUUUUCUCUCUCAUUUCUGUGGUAUAUCGUCUAAUUUUAUCAUUAUCUAGAGAUUCAGCAUCUAAACUGGUUAGAUUGUAUUGUUCAAGCAUGUUUAUGAAAUUGGAAAAAUAUCCGGAAUUAUUCAUAGAAUGUAGAUUCUUUGACAUAAGGAAAGACUGUUUGACUAUAGAGUCAUUAUCUUUGUUGU